UAAUAUAAAUUAGAGAAAGUAUGAAUAACUUUUUAUAUUACAAAAGAGGUUAUGGAGCAGAUACAAAGCUAGAUCCUCUUGUUGGAAAAUCCCCAUCGUUACAAGGUAUUCCAUCGCAAACUUCCAAACCAAACAGUCGGGUUUCUAAGCCAAAAUGAAAUGAACCAACAGACAUAAUACAUGUUCAUUAAACAUCAAAAAUAGUCUAAACCUAAAAUUCUUGUUUUAAAGAUGUAUGAAUUUUUAGUAUAUUUGCACCUGAGAAUAUUUUAAAUGAAAGCUUCAUUCUCUCUAACAAAUGAGAUUUUCCAAGCCAAUUUUAGUAUUCUUAAGGAUGAUACUUAAAAUAGAAAAUUUAUUAUAGAUUAAUGAACAAUCCUAUCCAGAACUCUUUCGUAUGCUGAUAAGCACUUUCACUUUUUUGAGUUGAAAAUAAACUUCAUUUAAGAAUGUCUACACAAACAUUAGAAAGUCCAUGCUUGCUUAUGAAUAUUCUCAGCACAUCUUGCAGAUGAAUAAGGGCAUUCUUAAAAUCAAGAUUUUUGUGUAUCACCUAAAUUCGAGCCAAAUCCCUAACAAUUAAAGCAUGAAUAAAUCUUAACGCAAAGAGUUUUACUUAAAUUUUUAGAACACUCUUUCAGAAAUAUUCAAGGACAGAUUUUGAUCUAAAAUAAAAGUCAUAGACGAAAGAAAUAAGAUUAACAAAAACUUCGAAAUCAAGAAGAGUUUGUUACUUCGAGAAAUGAAAUACUUUGAAAAAUAUUUAAAAAGCACAGACUCAGCAGAAGACGUCGACAUUAGUGUUCAUUGAGAUGUGUCAAUAUUUGAGUGGCUGAUCAACUAUAUAAAUGAUCGUGAUACUAAGCUCACAACUCAUAAUGUUAUUCCAAUUCUCAUAUCAGCGGAAUUCUUGAUCAUUCGAAGGCUAAUUGAUGAAUGAAUAGGUUUUAUUAUAGAAAAUCUCUCAGCAAUUGCUUCAGGUCGUUUUGAUCUAAAUUGCUUAAGCCAAUUUUUAUCCCAAAAACUUGCUAGCUCUGUCACUCUCGAACAACUGAGUUCAUGCAAGGAUCCCAGGGAUGCCAUUCAAUCAAAGCUGUAUUACUAUAAACUCGAUGAAUUGCUAAAAAUACAUUCAAAUAAUAUAUUGAAGUGAGUCCACUGCAACAUUCUAUAUACUGAAGAACAGUCGAAAUGGAUGACAUGUCCGAAAGCAGGUAUUUUCAUUGAUUACAGAGGAAGAGUAAUCUCUAACCAUUUUCCUGACUCCAACUGGAAGAUAGAAGAAUUUUUCAACUUCCUAAAGAAGAACAAUGUGUCAUGGAGGCGAACAUUUUGGAAAAUUUGGGGGAGAAUUCAUUCAGAUGAAUGAACUCAGUGCAAUCAAAAAUUCACUUAUGCUGAUAAGGAUCAUUGAACCUAUCACCCAGAAAAGCCUAUUUUCACUUAUGGCUCAAAUAUUGGAGAGUAUCCAUGCUGCAAUGCUGAAGCAGUCAGAUUUUCUACAGGAGUUAAUGUUGGAGGAUGAGAAAAUAGAACUCAUGUUUUUAAAAAUCUUAAAGAAGGGUCUUUAAAGCACAGCUUCUUAGAAAAGCAUUUUGAAAUUUUAAAGGAAACAGUGACUCCUCUUACUAUUUGAGAGGACAAAGAAUCUGAAAAACUCCCUACAACAGCUUGAUCGAACGAAGAAUUGAAAAUAGAAGAUUCUAAAUCAUUAAAUGUUGUGAAGCAUAAAUCAAUGUCUUUGCUCACUCUGGUUCAAGAGUUCAUGUCUACAAAAGGACUUAAAUUCAAAGAUGAAAAUUGCUUAGAAUGUUUAAAAAUAGGAUCAUGAUGAGCAAGAUGUUAUAACCAGGAAGAUGAAGAGAAUGACUCUAUUGAUUUUAACUUUGUCCUUCCUAAGAAGCUAAAACCACCUUAUCAAAAUAACAAUACAAAGAAAGAGGGUGACCAACAAGGGAAGAACAUAUCUAAUACAGCAACAGCAGGGAAAUACAAACUUUGGAAAAUGGAUUAUUUCAGAGAAAAAGACAAAGAAACAAUGUGAGAUAUCACUAAGCAGCUCAAGAAGUCUCGUAAAAAGGAUAGAUCCUCACCAAUGAAGUUAUUGGGCAAAUCCACUUCUAGAACAACUCCAAAGACUAUUCCAAAAUCUAUGGCAAAGCCUGUUUCGAAGUCUGGCUCUAAGCCUACUUAUAAAACUAACAACAAGUUCUGAACGAAGCAGAAAUAAUUAAUUUUGCUAGAUGUCAAUUAUA